AUGCACUUUACAAAGCUUCUCGCCGCAGCAGGCAUUGCCACAUUGGCAACAGCCCACCCAGGUCCUCACCACGAACCAAGCAAACGCGAAAUCUCCCGCCGCAGCAACCUCUCAGCUCGCUGCGCAGAUCACGUCGGCAACUACAACGCUAGACGCAUCAAGCGCAACCUGCACAAGCGUUUCCCAGGCGCAACAACCAACACAACCUAUCAAAUUCAAACGGAGGGAAACUACUAUAACGCCAUCCAAAACGACACCUGCGUCCUGACACCCGAGGUCACAGAAGGACCAUACAUCUGGCCGCAGUCGCAGACCCUCCGUCAGGAUAUGACCGAGGACCAGCCCGGUGUCCCGCUCUGGCUUGAUGUGGGCGUUCUGGACAUGGAGACCUGUGAGCCACUGGAGGGUGUGCUGGUUGAUUUCUGGCAUUGCAAUGCUACGGGUUCAUACUCUAGUUUCACGGGACUGUCGCCCAACACUCCUUUUGAGGAGUUGCUGGACCAGCUGAAUGUCACCGACAUGGCGACUGCCGAUUUGCAUACUGACGACACGACUUUCUUGCGUGGAAUGUGGCCUACUGAUGAGCAUGGCAUGAUGGAGAUGAAGACUGUUUUCCCUGGUUUCUACAUCCAACGCUCGAUUCACAUCCAUGUGCAGGUUCACACGGACUGGACUAUUCGCGGCAAUGGUACUGUGGCUUAUGGUAACACCGUCAGCACCGGUCAGGUCUACUUCGACGAGCCCUUGUCGGAGAAGAUCAUGGCUCUUGAGCCGUAUGCCUCGCACACUCAGAUCAACCGCACGACCAAUGCUGCGGAUAGUAUCUUCGGUAGUAGUUUUGCCAAUGGAUAUAACCCUGUUUUCUCUGUUGUUCCUGUCGAUGGGAAUGACGUUUCCAAGGGUAUGAUUGGGUAUAUCACUAUUGGUGUUGACAAGACUGCUGUUGAGGAGUAG